AUGUCUCUCGCCGUCUCUCAGUUUGCCUCCGUGCGUAUCUCCGCCAAGCCCGUUGCGCGCCGCAACGCCCCCGCCCGGAUGACUGUCCGCGCCGCCGGUGGCGGUGGUAAGGGCGGCGAGGAGGGUGGUCGUGCCUUUGGCAACGAUGCCUUCGGUAUGGUCGCCAAGAACGCUAACUACGGCCUUUUCGCCGCAGCCAUCACCAAGACUGGCUGCGAGGGCAUCAUGACCGGCCCGGGCCCCAUCACCGUCUUCUGCCCCAACGACGACGCCUUCGUCGAGCUUGCCCAGAAGCUCGGCACCACCAAGAUGGAUCUCAUGUCCCACCAGGCGCUCCCCAACAUCGUGAAGCAUCACGUUGUUCAGGGCGCGGUGACCCUCGCCGACAUGAGCGAGGGCAAGGUGUUCACCACCAUGGGCGGCACCCAGCUCAAGUGCUCCGGAGGCAAGGUGAAUGGCAUGUCCUUCAAGAAGAACGAUAUCAAGGUGGGUAACGGGAUCGUGCAUGCGGUCAACGGCGUCAUCCCCUCCCAGUGA